CAUUCCGUGCGGAGUUAGGUUUUUUUUGCUUGGCUGCAAUGGACGACAGCAGUGUGGUGAAGCUCUUUGUUGGGAAUCUGGCAUCGGAAACAACACAAGAUGACCUAAUAGCACUUUUUGCCCCUUAUGGAAAGCUGGAGACGAUUACUUUACUGAGGCAGUUUGCCUUUGUCCAUCUGCAGGGAGAAGGGGCUGCUGACUGUGCCAUCCGUGGUCUGAAUGGUAUAGAGUUUCGUGGUCGCACCCUUGUUGUUGAAGAGUCUCGAGGAAGGCCUCAGAACUCUAUCAAAGUGUAUGUGGGGAACCUGAGUGCUCUGUGCACUACUGACGAACUGCACGAACUGUUCUCUCGUUUUGGCAACGUCUUGGAGUGUGAAAAAGUGAAAACCAAGCCAAACUCCUCAGUAGGUUACACUUUUGUACACAUGGAGCAUCAAGAGAAUGCAGAGAACGCCAUCGAGGCCCUCCAUGGGACCUCCUACAUGGGCCGCCCACUCUCUGUGGAACUCUCAAAAGUCCAGCAAACCAAACCAGCUGCCAUGUCCAAGGUGCCGUGUGCACGUUGCGGGACACAGGGACACUUCGCAGGUGAGUGUCCCACCAGGCCGCCCAUGGAGCACCAUCAGAGUCAGGCAGCCGUGCUUGCUGCUGCAGCCGCUGCUGCUGCUGGACUUCCUAUUCAAGUACAACAGAGCGUGCACAACUCUUUCUUUAACACCAACACCUCUGAUCCGACAUACGCAGCUCUAAAGGGUCUGACCGAAGCCAGCGGUUCAGAUGGUAAGCCAGUGAGCGCUGCAGUUUAUGGUGCCCUGGCAAGUCAAGUGUACGGUGCUGUGGCUGAUCAGGUCAUCAGCCAGAAAACAGAUGAUUCAGGCUACCCAGCUGCAGGAGAGGCACCAUCAGCCACUACAGCCAUGAACCCUGCCUAUGGAACAAACUCCUCCUAUGCAGGCCCUGCUUAUGGGACCAUGGGUGGGGCGGAGCCUGACCCGCAAGCCGUAUUUGAAGCCGCUCGGCAGCGAUUCAUCGAGCAGGGACAGCAAGUGUUGGCUGAGCAGCAGGCUGUUACUAAAUCAGACCGGGACAGGAGCCCAGUGAGACGUUCUGCUCUGCUGCCUGACCCUGUUCCUCAGCCCAUCAGUGCGGCGAGACCCAAACGCCGUGCUCUGCUGCCCACACCACCUGGAGGACCCGAACUGCCUGCUAUUAAAGAGGGAGACCCUAUUGCGAGGUGCUAUGCAGAGUAUGUCCAGCAGUACCAACAGUACCAACAGUACCACCAGUACCAACAGUAUCAUCAGUACCAGUACUACUAUCCACCACCACCGCCACCCCCACCUCCCCAGAUGCCCACCAUGCCCAUGCCACCUUCAGGGCCGAUGGAUGCAAAUCACUUGGCGGCUCCUGGAACCGGCGCAUCUCCAAGAGCGUAUGAGCCACCUCCACCACACAAGGAUCCCCACCUCCGCAAUCCUGACUACUCCCACCACCACAUGCCAGAGCCCACAUACCGAUAGAGCUCACCACCUCACGUGUGUGUGUGUGUGUGUGUGUGUAUGCGUGUGUGUGUGUGUGCGUGCGUACGUGCGUGCUUGUGUACUUGACAGUGCUGAAUGUGUGUGGCAGUGUUGGUCCUUCUUUAUAAGUGAUAAGGAUAGGGAUGCAUUAAAUCUUUCCAUUGGCUUUAUGUACCAAACUUGUGUUAUUGUUUCAUUAGUCUAUUAAUUAGACCUCUUAUAUUAUGAUAAGUUUAAACAAAUUUGUUGUGCCUAAUCUGACACCAGCCUGUUCCAGGAGCCUUGUGAAUUUCUCAUAGACAGCAAAUGAUACAGUUUUGAGCACAGAGCUUCAUUUGGCUGAUUGGUGGAGGAGUGGUUAAUUAUUUUCAAGCUUUAUGUGCUGUAGUUGUAUGUAACUACAGACUUUUUUAAGGAACCAACAUUAAUGAUUGUUGCAUGAAGGCAGUAGUGGGAAUUUGAAAUACAGAGAGGACCUGUGUGGAUGAUGGUUGAGUGUGCGUGUGUGUGUAUGUCUUUGAAUAUGCCAGAUUGUUGAGAGAAAACACUUUCACUUGCAACAGAGCCACACAAUAACACACAUGAGAUCACCUUCUGUAUCAAAUGGGUGGGAUUUGGCUUUGGGCAGAGACAUACUCCAUCAGUAUCGGCUAAAUAAUACAAUAGAACUUGAUGUGUUUCUGCCCAUUAGGCACAGCCUGAGGGCACAAUACGGCAUGACCUGCUCUCAGCACGAACCUCAACUCCGAUUAUAAAAUUCACCUGUUGGAAUGAGGCUAGGCUACAAAAUGGAUGGCUAGUGAUUGUUAGUCUAUCUAGCAUUCAUCAGCCAGGAAAAAAAAAAGUCUGACUUUUGACUAGUGUAUACUCAUACUUAAUACUUAGUUGUUUUCUUGUUAUUUCCAUAUCUUUAUUGACUCUGGGUUGGAGAUACCUUUUGUAUAGCCUGCAGAUUGUGCUGCAGGACUAUAAAGGAAUAAACUGCCAUUCCUAGCUUUGUAUCCCUCUCUUACAUGGACAAAAUAAUGUGUUCAGGCGGCUAGUGAUGAUUAAUCUCUCAAAUGACUCAAAUUACUUUUUUUUUUUUGUUUGUUUGUUUGUUUUUUGUUGUUUUUUUUUGGUCCAAGACCGCAAAGUCCCCUUUUUCUUUCCUCUAAAGCUUUUGAGUCCCCACUUUUUUCAUGACAGUACAUGUAGUUGCUCAUUUAGAUGGUUUGAUUUUGAGGUUGUAAGGUCUAUUGCAUUAGGCCUCCAGUUGAUUUGAGUUUGAGAAUAAAAUACAGUGAAUAUAAAUAUCUGAUGUAUUUUUGUUCAAAAGAAAAUGUGAUAAACUGGUGGAUAAAGGUUUUCAGGCAGUUUGAAUUAAACUCAGUUCAAUAUAAAAUUUAAUUGGCUCUUUUGCUUUCAAAUGAGGUUCCCUAAUAAGCAGUAUAUUUGAUACUUUUUGUUCAAGUGAUUGUUCUCAUUUGAUUCAAACCUGCCUAUUUAACUUAGAGACUAGAGGAAGGAGUCUACAUGAGGUUUUCAUAACAUCUGACCUGUAAUGUUUUAAUAAAUAAAUAAAUAUGCAGGCUGCCAACACAUUUUCUUCACAGAUCUGCAUAAAUUGCAAGCAAGAACUCAUUGGUUAUUAUUGUAGGGGUUUGGCUUCAGAUGUUAUGGAGAAUGUUGUAGCAUUCCUUCAGUGUGCUUUACAGACCUCAGUAAAAUGAUUGUAAUGAAAAAAAAGGCAGAGAAAUCUCUCUUUAUUUAAUGAUCUUAUGUCCUCUUUCCUUUAGAAUGCACCUCAGACUGUCUUCAGUCUUUCAUUCCAACGCUGAGAGAUGGUGGGGUACUCGCACAAACACAAACACACACACAUGCACAACAUGGUCUCACUGACCUCUAUAGGCCUGGAUACAACAAACCUCUUGUAACAUAAUAGGCAACAGAUUGAAAUGACCUGCAAUAAUUAGAUUAAGUAUUACCAUUUGCAUUUUUCAGUGUAUUAUGUUAGGGGAUUGCUUUUGUUGUGUAUGAUUAACACAUUUCUGAAAGACACCUGAUAGAAAACUUGCAAUGCCUCCUAAGUGUAUCCAGGCCCUGAUGUUUACAAGACUCAAAAGGCAGAUAUUAUAUUGGAGUGGUCAUUGUUUUCACUCAUAACAUUUAGUGGAAUGGUGAUGGAAGGGUAGCUCUUUAUAGUGCAUCAGGCUUCCACACAUUAACGCUAAAUGUCUGUAAAAUUUUUGCUAGAUAUAGUGCAUGACUGGUUACUCGUGCUGUUCUUCCAGCCACAUUUUCCCUUUUCGCUAACUACAGCUAAAAUGGCUCCCGGGCCUCAGGACGCCAAGUUGCACAUGACGGGGGAAGAGAAUUAGAGUCCCACAGUGGCAUGGAUGCACUCCCCAGAAAGGUAAAGCCCUCUGGCCCCAAUCACGCUUGCACCUUGACCAUACACCACUUCCCCUAAAUCAUCUCCUGCUCCAACUCAGCUCAGAUCCAUCUUCUGGCUGAAGAACCUGUACAAAAAAAUGAUGGGGCUGUAAUAGUGCCACAGCUUAGGGUUAGAUAAAAUGACAGUUUUUACAAGCAGAGAAACCAAGUCAUUUAGCUCAGGCACACAAAGUACCCCACGUGAUCUUGGUUUGGUUGUCUGCAAAUGUUUCUUUCUUUCUUUUUUUUUUUAAACAUAUUGGUUAAAGCCCCAGUGGCACAUCCAUUCAGAAGUUACCAUUACCUUUGUAUUCUUUUUGAGGCCAGAAGUUAUGACAGUGUCUUACAAGAAAUCUGCUCACAAAAAUCCUUUUUAAAGAAAAUGGGAACAUGUGAGAUCAGGGGAAAUUGAAUUGUUGGCUUGUUCUGUGGCAUUUCGUGUUUCUUUUAAGCAUUUUCAGUAAGACGAGACGAGAUGUGCGCACACACGCUCACAACUGAGGUUCCCUGGCUGUGCUUUGAACUGUUAAGAAGACAGCACAGCUUUAAGGGGGGCGCAGUGCCAUCCAAAAGGCAAGAGGUGGGGCUGUCGCCUGGUAGGUGAGUAACCAGUGCGCCACUGUCCCACUCAAACCUAUUCCUGCCCGCAAACUCAACACUUCACCUGCCCCAUCACUCUGACCUUUAAGAUUCUAUACAUCUCCAAUUUUAAACACAUGCCUCAGGGAACGAUGCUUUUAGAGUUCACUUUCAGAAAGUAGUCAGGACCAGGGUUGCGUAUGAGGAUUGAUGCAGAAAUUUAAAUGUCUUCAAAACAUUUGUUUAAAAACCUUUCAGAAGGAGUCAGUUGGGUACCUGGAGUUCUGACUGGAUCGGAGUGUCUGACUUUCGAGACCUUCUGAUAACUCCUCCUUAAAUAGUUGAGUCCAACCUCUUCUGAAUUUACAGUUUAACAGUACAUGAGUGAAUCUUGAUGUCAGUUUUGAUAGUUCAAAUUAUUGUUUCCUCAUUGUCCAUGAUGUAUUGCAGCUUCUACUUCAUAUUUCUUUCACUGAUGAUGUGUAUAAGCUGUCAUUUGAACAGCAUGCGUCAUUUUCUAAGUGUGGUUUGAACACGUAAAGCAUUGCUUGUGAUUAAUUUAGGUCAGGAAAUAAUUAUUCAGGGAGUAUGCUUUAGUUGAGCUAAAUGCUACCACUUUUACUGAGAUUGGUUUACUUCUUUUGCUACUGUCCCAGCAAAAAAUGUCAAAUCUUUUUUGUCUUUGUAGUCCUUCUCUAACCUUGUAAAACUAAAUUAAAUACAUUUAUAAAAACUA